UCUUCCCACCCCGCUAUGAAUACAGUCAUAUGCAAAUUCUGUAAGUUACUGAAGUGCAUUUUCAGUCAUUGCUUUGGUAUGAAAGAUAGAGUCACAAAAAAUGCUGUUAAAAUCACGUUUCGUUUUUGUCGUUUUUGUGACUUUGCUGCUGUUAACCAUCAACCUUUUGUGGACGUUUGUCGCUGAGGAUAAAUCGGGAGUAAAUGGAGAAUAUUUUGUUGAGAUGAAAUUAGGAAAUCAUAAUGUAAAUGCAGCGCUGCAGACAAUUUUAGCGGCAGUCAAAGAUAUAAGAAACGAUGUAAAUAAGCUACAAGCACAAAAACAACAAGACGAUUUACCACAAUGGAUCGAGCGUUUCCAAGCUCCGCAGUGGACAGGGUUCAAACCAUGGCGUGGAGUGCUGGUGUUUUUUGUAUCUUAUCGUUAUGCGUAUCUUAGAAAAUGUCUCGAGUCCAUCGCUCUGGCUUCAACAGAUAUCAACAAUUCAUCGGUAUGUGUGUUUGUUCUCCAUCGUACACCAAAGACCACUGCUAGAGACGUGAACCAAACGUUUGAGGUCAUUCGAAACGUGACGUUCUGCAAAGUCUUCGUGUGGACAGUUAAAGAAGACACUAAAGAGAAACAUUACGCUUUGAGACUCAAACGUCACUGGUGGUUUGUUCUGGAGUCUGUCUUUGACGCAACUCUCACUGGGAACUCGUUUAACGGCUGGUUGCUUGGUUACAAGCACGACAUCUUGUUCGUCGAAGAGGACACUGUCCUAUCACCAGACUUCGUAAAGGUCAUGUGGUAUGCAAGCGAGGUGAAGCGACGUAAUGCUGACAUCAUACAGUUCGCGCUUGGCGGAUGGUCUGGAGAGAACAUGAUCAAUGCACAUCCAGACACGUUUAUCGUGCGCCCCUCGCGAGAUCUGCGUGGGAUCGCGUACGGUAUUAACCAAUCAACGUGGUUGUACUUUAAAACCCUCGAGAAGGAUUUUAAAGCCGAUAAGCAAGCCGAUUGGUGCAUAUCGAUGGGCUUGGCUCUGGCAAGACACAACGAUAACACAGCGUUGAGGUUUGUCGUUCCAACGUUGAGUCGUGUUUGGCAUAUAGGUGUACACGGCCUGGGGCCGAGAGGUAAUUUUAACGAGAAACGAGGCAUAUCAGCAGAACCUAACUGGGCGCAUGCAAGCAGGUUACUUGAGCCAGAAUAUGCCCAAGUUAAUCUUGGCUUUAGAGAUAUCCUGGGCUUUCUUUGUGAGAACAGAAACAAAUUGCUUUCUCUUAAAGAAAUAGUGUGUCCAAAGAGCGUACAAAGAUGGAAAAGAAAGGAUAGAAACAGAAUAAUGUGUGUGAAACAGCCAUAUGUUAAUGAUCUGUGCGAUGUUUUUGUGCCAAUUUGAAAUAUUUCAAAUAAAGCAGAAUGAUCUCUGAAACUAGACUUUAGUGCAUGCCUGAGAUUUGGAUUUAGUAAUCCAGGAAGUUUGUGAAAUGGUUAAC